AUGGGCAGUAAUAGCAUAGCUAUAUCACAGCAAAUGUAUUUUAGCACACAUAAUGCUUUACGGAUAAAUGAGGAAAAUGAUGUAAUAAGUACUUUGUUUUAUGAAAUAAAUGGGCACCGGCAUAUAAGCCUAUUAAUAUUUCCUUUUUAUGAUGUACAGAUGUUAAAAAGAUUACUUAUAAAAAAACUUGAUUUACCAGAUAUAAAAGUAAAUGAUAUAUUAAUAUUUUAUAAAGGAAUUAAAUUACCAAACUAUAGAAUAAUAAGCACUUAUUUAGAUAAUAGUAAUAGAGUAGAUAAUGUAAAAAAAAAAAAAAAAAAAAAAGUAAAUAAAUUAUAUUGGGCUAUAAAAGAUCCUAACCCCAACGCAUCUAUAAGAGUGAUAGAUAAUAAAAGUUAUCCUCCAUUUUUUGAAAAUAUUCUAAAUGAUAUUAAAUUAGCCUUUAAAAAAAAUAUAGCUCCAAAAUUAACAAUGGAUGGAACAGGGGGAACAUAUUUAUUAUUUAACAGUAAAAAAAAAGUUUGUUCUGUUUUUAAGCCAGCAGAUGAAGAAGCGUUUUCUCCAUUUAAUCCACGAGGCUAUGAAGGAAAAAUAUACCAAGAGGGUUUUAGAGCAGGUGUUUUAUCGGGUGAAGGGGCAAGUAGAGAAAUAGCAGCUUAUAUACUUGAUAAUACAUAUAAUAAUUUUAGUAAUGUUCCAUGUACAAUUAUGGUAGAAGCUUGUAAUCCUCAUUUUAAUAAUAAAAGUAAUCUUAAAUAUAUAUAUAAUGAAAAUACUUUAAAAUGGAAAUGUGGUUCCUUACAAGAAUUUAUCGAUUCAAGAGAGAGUGUUGGAAAUUAUGAUCAUAAACAAUUUAGUAUUAGAGAUAUUCAUAAAAUUGGUAUUUUAGAUAUACGAGUAAUGAAUUUAGAUCGAAAUGAUGGAAAUAUAUUAGUAUCCCCAUUAAAAAGUUUAAAAGAUUGUUGUAAUCAAUUUCUUUAUCGGAAUAAUAAAAGUUUUAGCACUAAUGAUGAAGAUAUUCUCAAACGAAUAAUAACAAUAGAUCAAAAGCCGUCGAGGUAUAGUUUAAUCCCAAUUGAUCAUGGUUUAAUAAUGCCGCAUAUUAUGGAUGUUGCAGAAAUUGAUUUAGUAUGGUUUGACUGGCCUCAAACAAAGAUUCCGUUUGACAAUGAAGUACUUGAAGUAAUUUUCGCAUUCGAUCCUGAUAAAGAUGCUGAUAAAAUAAGAAACAAAUUAUUAAUCAGAGAAGAUUGUAUACGAACUAUGCGAGUAUGUACACGGUUACUUCAAAUUGGAGCUUGGAUGCAUCUAAAUUUACACGAAAUUGCCAAAAUAAGUACUAGAAAAAAUAUCGAUGAAGAAUCUAUACUCGAACGUUUGGUUCGAGAUUCAAUAAUCCAGGCAUAUCAAAUGAUGGACUAUACUUCUUUAAUGAGUACAAACAGAUUAGGAUAUAUUCUCGAUUUGGCUGAAAUAAAAAUAAAUAAAAAAAAAAAAAACAAUAAAAAUAAAACAAUGGAAUUAAUAGAUAGUAACAAAACAAAAGAUGAUAAUUCAAAUGAUAUUAAAAAAAAUAAUAUUCAUCAAAAAGAAGAAAACUAUGAAACAAAUAAUAAUACCACUUAUGCUAAAAGUAAAUCGUUAGAUAUAAAAAAAAUAGAAAAUUCAUUUACCAUUGUUAGUUUUAAAGAUAUAAAGGAAAAUAAAUCUUCUUCUAGUUUUACACUAAUAAAUAAUUGUACUAGUGAAAAUGUAAACAAUUCAUAUGAAGGAAAACUAGAAUCAUAUAAUACAAAUAUGAAUGAGCAAAAGGAAGGAGAAUGUAAUAGCACAUAUAAAACAUUGAUACAACAUCAAAGUGAUAAUAAAGAAAGUGAUAUUAAAGAAAGUAAUAAUAAAGAAAAUUAUAAUAAAGAAAAUUAUAAUAAAGAAAGUGAUAGUAAAGAAAGUAAUAAUAAAGAAAGUUAUAAUAAAGAAAGUAAUAAUAAAUUUUUAUAUACAAAAAUUAACAAUAUAUCAAAUAAAGAAAAGAUAGGAGGAUACUAUUCGUUGUCUAAAGAUAACAGCAUAGAAAUACGAACUGAUAACAUAAAUGAUCAAAAUAAAGAAAAAAAUAUAUCUGAAACCAACUCUUUUAGCAAUAAAAGUGAAUAUACAUUUGUAACGGCAACUUCUAAUUCAAAGAAAGACGAUGACAUUCAUAAAACUUCUAAUGAUGCCGAACAAAACAGUGAUGGAAGUAAAAAUUUGGGAGGAUCGAGUGAAAAUUGUGUAGGAAAUAUGGAUGAAGAAAAUGGUGCUAAAGUUGAGAAAAAAGUGAAAAAAAAAAAAAAAAAAAAAAAAAAAAUAAAAAGUGAUGAAAAAAUGGAAAAUUAUCAAUCUGAUAAAAAGGAAGAACCAUUUAAUAUUAGUGAUGGUAAUGCAGAAAAUGAUAAAAUUUCAAGUCAUUCACAAAAUAGGGACAAAAAUGAAGGUGAGCAAAUUUCGCUGCUAAGAAAAAACGAAAACAAACAGGAAAUCGACCAAGAUAAUGUAAAGCAAAAUCAACAAAACUUAAAUUCUUACGAAGAGGAUAAGGAGGAAGAAGAAGAAGAGGAAGAGGAGGAAGAAGAAGAAGAGGAAGAGGAGGAAGAAGAUGACGAAAAUUAUGUACGUUUUAAAAAAACAACAGGCACAAUGAAAAGAAUAAGUGAAAAUACAGGAACCGCUUAUCGAAAUAUUGAAAUGAAUAAAAUAAAUUCAGUUUGGAUGAUUAAAGAUAAAAAUAAUAAAACUAUAAACGUUAAAUGGGAAAAUAAAAUUUUUGAAAAACUUUUUUUUGAAACUUUUGAAAAUUAUGUAAAAAAAUAUAUAAAUGAUUAUCAUCCAAAUUGGAGAGAAUAUCCAUAUAACGGAUCAAAAAUUAUCACUACAAAACAUUCAUACUUAAAUAGUGUUAAAUAA